AUGUUGGGCCCGCCGACGGUGCCGCCGCAACCACCAACCGGCGCCGAAGACGUCCACGACGCUGCUGGAGAACAAGACCCUGAACGAUCGCGAGACUUGGCGGCUGCCGCGCGAGUAUUGAGCGAAGCAGUGAAGGAGGAGAAGGGUGGUGGCAAUGGUGCGCCUGAGGGGAGUCGACUGUCAUCGACGUUCUGGGCGGAGUUACUCGACUGA